GCGGGAAAAGUUCCGGGAAGGCCGGUUGUCGCUCCCGCUACAGGCAGAAGUUCGAGGUGCCCGGGUCCCCAGGAAGGUCCACCGUCAUGUCGUCUGGGGACGCAAGGUCUGGUGGACAGGACGGCACCCCGCGCACGGCCGCCGCGCUCUGUAGCCUGUACCACGAGGCGGGCCAGCAGCUGCGGCGCUUACAGGAUCAGCUGGCCGCGCGCGACGCCCUUAUUGCGAGCCUCCGCACCCGCCUAGCGGCUCUGGAAGGGGACACGGCGCCGUCGCUCGUGGACGCGCUUCUGGAUCAGGUGGAGCGCUUCCGUGAGCAGCUGCGGCGGCAGGAGGAAGGAGCCACCGAGACCCAACUGCGCCAGGAAGUUGAGAGACUUACUGAGCGGCUAGAAGAAAAAGAGAGAGAGAUGCAGCAGCUGAUGAGCCAGCCUCAGCAUGAGCGAGAGAAGGAAGUCGUCUUGCUUCGGAAAAGUGUGGCAGAGAAGGAACAAGCCAGGGCUGCCAGCGACAUUCUGUGCCGCUCCUUGGCUGAUGAGACCCACCAACUACGCAGGACAUUGGCUGCCACUGCCCACAUGUGCCAGCAUCUGGCCAAACGUCUGGAUGAGCGACAGCAUGCACAGGGAGACACUGGGGAGGAAAGCCCUGAUGAGCUAGGGCAUACAAGCAGGAAUGCUUCUGGCAAGAAUGUUAUUGAGAAGUUACAGGAAGAGAAUCGACUAUUAAAACAGAAGGUGACUCAUGUAGAAGACCUCAAUGCCAAGUGGCAGCGUUACGAUGCCAGUAGGGACGAAUAUGUGAAGGGGUUACAUGCUCAGCUAAAGAGGCGGCAGGUCCCUCAUGAGCCUGAGCUGAUGAAGAAGGAGAUUUCCAGGCUUAACAGACAGUUGGAGGAGAAAAUAAACGACUGUGCAGAAGCCACACAGGAGCUGGCAGCUGUGAAGAUGGCCCGGGACACUGCGCUGGAGCGAGUGCAGAUGCUAGAGCAGCAGAUUCUUGCUUACAAGGAUGACUUCAAGUCAGAAAGGGCAGAUCGGGAACGAGCUCAUAGUAGGAUUCAAGAACUGGAAGAAAAGGUCAUGUCUUUGAUGUCCCAAGCAUCCCAGAGACAGGUAAAGAAGAUGAGGCACCAAGGGGCUAAGUCACUUCACCAAGAUCACAGGAUUAAAUGGCAGAACUCAUAUUGGAGACCAGGCAUGGAGUGGAGUUGGCCCAAGAAUGUGUCUACAUGUGCUGCAGGUAGCAGAGCUGGAGGGGUAGGGAUGCCCAAGGAGCCCAGUUGAUGCCACCUAGAUUUCCCGAUUUGAGACAGAGUCACAGAAUUGAUUUUGAUUUGGAAUGGUUAUUUUCUUGCUAUCUUCCCACUCCUCCUGUGUGAAAUGGGAAUGUUUACACUGUGUCAUUAUAUACUGGAAGUAUAUAGCCAGUCUUUUGAUUUAUAAGGGUUCAUAGAGCACCUUGAGUCUCAGAAGAGACCUUGGACUUUGGAACAGUGUUGGGACUGUUAAGGACUGGGAGGAAACCAGUCAUGAACCAAGGUAAAGCUUAUUGGUGCUUGUGAGAUUUCCAGCAUCGUCAGAAGCUUCAAAUUCAGGGUGAGGGACUACAUUUCACUCCAGUUUAGGUCCACAGGUUCUCUGGAAGUUCCAUAUCUUACAACAGCUUCAGUGAAAGAUGCAGACCCAAAGUAGGGUGCUGAUCUGAAGAAAGACCCAUUGGCACUUGGGGAUUUCCAGAACUCACAGCAAAAGCUGAAGACCCAUGCAGGAGGCACCAGCAUACCUGAUCUAAAUAGGAAGACUUGAGAUAGAGCCUCUGGCCCUAAAUACCAACCCCACAAAGGGAAAUGACACCUCAACUUUACUAUAACUUAGUUCUUUCCCGAGCAUUGUAAAUGCCAUCACUGAAUAUAUAAAGGAGAUUUAAAUAUAAAAACAACAAAAAUAGAAAAGAAAUAAAAAUUUAACCAACAUAUUAAUUCCAGAUGGGCAAGUCCUAGCACAGAAACAAAAACAACAUGAAAAGCCAAGAUAAUAUGUCUUCCUUUUAAAGAUUAUUAAUUCCAUACUGGCUCCUAAAUGGGAAUACUUUCUUAGAACUUCCAGACAAAAGAAUUAAAAAUAAUUAUAACUGUGUUCAAACAGCUUAAAGAAUACAUGAAUGCACUCCGAGAGAACGAAUACAAAGACCUAACUGAAAUAAUUUAAGUCAUUCUAAGAAAUGAACACUGACUUCAAUAAAAAGAACUGCUGAAGAAAAACCAGGCUGAGGGGCUGGAGAGAUGGCUCAGAGGUUAAGAGCACUGACUGCUCUUCCAGAGGUCCUGAGUUCAAUUCCCAGCAACCACAUGGUGGCUCACAACAAUCUGUAAUAAGGUCUGGCACCCUCUUCUGUAUACAUAAUAAAUAAAUAUUUAAAAACAAAAACAAAAAUCAGGCUGAAAUGAUGCUGGAAAUGAAAAACCCAGUAAGCCAAAUUAAAAGCUCAGUGGAAUCUUCACCAACAGAAUGGAUCAUGUAGGAGAGUAUUAGGGCUGGAAGACAUAUAUAAGGAUUGGAUCAAACAGCUCAAGUCAAUGAGGAAUUUUUUUAAAAGGUGAACAGAAUAUGUGAAAGCUUUGGGACACCAUAAAAACACUAAAUCUUUGAAUUAUGAGCAUAGAAUAACACACCAACCAUAAAAAAUAUAAAUAUUUUUUUAAAAUUAUUUUAUGUGUGUGGGUAUUUUCCCUGUAUCUCUGUGUAUCAUGUAUGUGCUCGGUGCUCAUAGAAGCCAGAACAGGGCAUUGGAUGCCCUGGAACUGGAAUUACAGACAGUUGUGAGUCACAAUGAGAUCAAAUCCUGGUCAUCUGAAAGAGAAGCCAGUGCUCUUAAGGCCUAAGCCUUAAAGCUUCAUAAAGAAAAUAUUUUCAAUAAAAUAGAAUUUUUCGACUCUAGAGAAAGAGAUGCCAAGUUAGAUACAAGAAUCCUACAGAAUAUCAAAUAGGAUACGAAGAUAAGCUCCUGACAAUAUAGUUUAGUUAGAACACAAAAACACAGGUCAAAGAAAGGGAACUGCAAGCUGCAAAAGACAAGGGUCAAAUCACCUAUAAAGGCAGGCCCAUCAGAAUAACACCUGAUUAUUUUGCAGACAGACAUUUUAAAGUCGAAGGGCCUAAAAAAUGUAUUCUGAAAUACAGCUCUGAAAGAAUGUAACUGUAAAAUGAGAUUAUUUUACUCCAGCAAACCUAUUAAAAUUGAAGGAAAUAUAAAAAACUUUCCAUGUUAAAAAGUUUAAAAUAAUUUAUGACCACUAGGGCAGCUCUACAGAAGAUAAUGGAAGGAAUAUUCUGGUCUCAAGAGAAGUAUAAAAAUGAUAAAAGUGUCAUAGGACUAACUAUUCAUAAGAGGUAAAGAUAAACAUGAAAUCAACAGCUGGGCGGUGGUGGUGCACGCCUUUAAUCCCAGCACUUGGGAGGCAGAGGCAGGCAGAUCUGAGUUCGAGGCCAGCCUGGGCUACAGAGUGAGUUCCAGGACAGGUUCCAAAGCUACACAGAGAGACCCUGUCUCGAAAAACCCAAAAACAAAAACAUGAAAUCAACAGAAUGACAGAAGUCAUUAUACUUUCAAUAAUAACUGCAUAUUAGUAGUCUUAAUUCUUCAAUAAAAAAGACAGAUUGGAUUCGUAGGCUGGAUUAGAAGACAGGAUUCAUCUUUAUGCUGCCUCCAACAAAUACAUCUUACCACCAAAGACAGACAUCACCUUAGUGUAAAAGGGUAGGAAAAGGUAUUCCAAGCAAAUGGAACUAAGAAACAAGUAGGCAUAGCUAUCCUAGUAUUCUGACAAAACAGACUUCAAACCAAAAAUAGAAGAGACAGGAAGGGCACUUCAUACUGAUCAAUAGAACAGUCUAUCAAGAGGACAUUAUAGCUGGGCCUAUCAGCAUACCCCUUUAAGAUUAGCACUCAGGAAGCAGAGGCAAGCAGAUCUAUAUGAAUUGGAGGCUAGCCUGGUCUAUAUAGACCGUCUCAAAAAUAAAAAUUAUAAUUCUGUCCCUCCCUCCCAUCCAUCCAUCCAUCCAUCUAUAGACACAUACAUAUACAUAUGUGUGUGUGUGUAUGUAUGUAUAUAUAUAUGCCAAGUAUGGGAAAACAUACUUUCAUAAAACACAAGUAGAUGUACAGCCACAGAGUAAUCCUAAUACAGUGAUAGUGGGUGACUUCAAUACCUCACUCUCACCAGCAGACAGGUCAUCUGCACAAAAACUAAACAGAGAAACACAAGUUAAGUGCCAUCAUAAAUGCAAUGGCUGUAACAGAUGUUUAUAGAACAUUCCCCCAAACUCAUCAACUAUUAGGACACAAAGCAAGUCUCAACAGGUGUAUGAAAAUUGAAAUAACAUCCUAUAUUUUAUCUGACCAAAUAAAGCAAGGUAUCAACAGCAAUAGAAAGUAUACAUCUCAUGGCAAUUCAAUAAUAUACUAUUGAUUAUACUAUAUGUAUAUAUAGUAUAUACUAUAUACUAUAUGUAUAGUAUAUACUAUACACUAUUGAAUAUACUAUAUGAUGAUGGGUCACUGCUGAAAUUAAGAAGGAAAUUAAAAAAUCCAUGGGACACGAAAAGGGUCCUAGGGUGGAAGUUGAUAGUGGUAAAUAUCUAUAUCAAAGAAUUUUGAAAACUCAAAGUAAACUGAUAUACCUCAAAGCCUUAGAAAAACAAGAAGAAACCAAACCACAAGAAUGGAGGGGGACAAAUCAUCCAAAGCAGGUCAGAAACCAAUGAAAUAGAAAUAAACAAUUACAAAGAAUCAAUGAAACAAAAAAGGGUACUUUGAAAAGACAAAUAGAAUUGACAAACUCUUUAAAAAUUAACCAAAAGAGAAGACCCAAAUUAAUAGAACUGAAAGGUGAAAAGGAAGAUAUCAGAACAGAUAGAUACCAGUGAAACUCAGAAAACAAUGGGGAUAGACCCUAAGAACCUACACUUAUUUCUUUUCUUUUCUGAGAUAGGAUGUUGUUAUGUAGUUCUGGCUGUCGUUGGAACUCCUAUGUAGACUAGGUUGGCCUCGAACUCACAGAGAUCUGCCUGUCUCUACCUUUCUGAGUGCUAGGAUUGUGCCAUUCAUGACUGGCAUCUUCCAAAAAUUUUAUGAAACCAGUAUUAUUCUGAUCAGGUAAACAUGGCAGACACACACGAAAGUUAGACUGAUCUCUCUAAUGAAUGUAAAUACAAAAUCCUCAAUGAAAUACAAACUGAAUUCAAUGUCACACUGAAAAGCACUUAUCAUGACUAUUUUGACUACUCCAUGCAGGGAUGAUUCAACAUACAUAAAUCAAUAAAUGUAAUCCAUAAAUGAACAAAAAAAAAAACAAAAAAAAAAACCCAAAAACCCACACCCAAAAC